AUGUUAAUGGCUGCCUUCGAGAGGCGCUCGCAGGGCGUCGCCGUCGUCGUCGUCGUCGUCGUCGUCGUCUUCGACGCCGCCGCUGCCGGGCGGCCGAGGAUUCCAGUCACGCGCGACGCGUCAAGGGAGCGGCCCCCACAGCGUCAUCCCUCCACACCCUCAACAGCUCCCACUACUACCCCCGCCCUCACGUACGCCUCUGUUGCCGCCUCUGCUGCCGCCCCUCAGGUGGUUGGCUUCCCCUCUCUCACCGACCCCGUCGCGUCGUCUUCUGCAUCUCCCGCACGCAUCACGUUGCGCCGAGCCACCAUCGCCACCACUGAACCAGCUGCUUCUCCCGGUGCCUCCACUACGCCACAGGGAUCUGCCACCCACCACCUCCCUCUCCUCCCCGUCCCUCUCCCCUCCUCCCAGCCUCCAGUCUCCAAAAAACCCCAAAAGCGCGUCCUUACCGACUCUGCUCCCGCCACUUCCCACAAAAAAUGA